GUCCACCCUGUGGUUCCAAGCCCGCUUGCCAUUCGAGACGCCGCUCGCUAUGACAAAGCGUGGAUUGUUCAUUGUUUUCGAAGGGACAGAAAAAGGAGGGAAGAAAACUCAAUCACAAAUGUUAUGUGACGCACUCACACAGAUUACUGGAAAAGAAACACUCCACAUCCAUUUUCCGGACAAAUCUACACCCGUUGGUCAGUUAAUUUCACAGUAUCAAAAUGGAGACCUGAAACUCAGCCAUCGUGUAGCCCACCUGUUGUACACUGCUAAUAGGUGGGAGCGCCAGCGAGAUAUAUCCACUGCUCUAGCCAAUGGCAUCAACGUGGUUGCCGAUCGAUACAGUUAUUCUGGCAUCGUCAACACUGCAGCAAAAAUUACCCCUUUAUCGAAUGCAGAUUGGGCGUGGUGCCGAUCAACGGAAUCUGGCCUAUUGCCACCAAACUUAAUAUUCUGUCUGGCAGGUGAAAAUCUUUCAGAAAUUGCCGCGCGCGAGGGCUUUGGGCAAAAACCUUCAGAAACCACGUCAUUCCAAUCUCGAGUGCUAGCAUAUUAUGCUCGUCUAUGUCAGGAAAUGGAGGCCGAACUCAAUGAAGAAGGUAAUGCAGGUGGUGAUACAACUAACGGUACAGGCAGUGCACCCGAUGUGCACACCCCUAAGUUGUGGAAUUGGAUUCAGGCCACUGGACAGACUGUGGACGAUAUACACACAUGCAUCAUGACCAUAAUUGACCCUUUGCUGUAGUUGUCUAGACGAUUCUUCAUCUUAAAACCCGGUUCUGCUUCGCUUCAUCCAACCUGUACACUUUUCGUGUUGUUACAUUGAUAAUAUUGAUUCUGAUGAACAGACCUUGAGACCAAUAAACAAUCUGG